GGGGUGUUUCUCCGGGUUCAGGGCUCUCCCUGCCCACGGCGGAGGGAGUCGAUUCUGCUCCAGGCUCCAUUCUGGGGGCUUCCGCAGAGGCCUACGGACCCGCCCCUGGGGAGCCGAGCUGGACUCCCGGGCCAGGCCGGCGCCGGAAGGGUUAACACGCCCAGCUCAGCAGCACCAGGAACCGGCUGCACCUGCCUGGCCCGGGCCCCAGCCGGCUCCACCCGCGGCAGGUGUGGCCCGGCCAGGAAGCAGCCGCAGCCCGGCUGGCCCCAUGGAGCUGCCCGCGGUGCCCCAGCCCUGGCGCUACUGGCUGCUGCUGGGCGCCUACGGGCUCUUCCUGCUGCUGGGCACCGCCGUCUUCGUGGGCGUCGAGGCGCCGCAGGAGGCCGGGCUCCGGGAGGCGCUGCGGGGCGCCAGGGCCGGCUUCGUGCGCCAGCACCAGGGCUGCCUGGCGGAGCCCGGCCUGGAGCGGCUGCUGGAGCGGGUGCUGGACGCCGACAGCUACGGGGUCUCCGCGCUGGGCAACGUCUCCGACGACGAGAACUGGGACUUCAGCUCGGCGCUGUUCUUCGCCGCCAGCGUCCUCACCACCACGGGCUAUGGCCAUACAGUGCCCCUGUCGGAUGGGGGGAAGGUUUUCUGCAUCUUCUACACCCUACUGGGACUCCCAGCCACCCUGCUCCUGGCCACCUGUCUCCUGCAGCGACUCAUGCGGCUGCUGACCCACCGGCCCGUUCAGUAUUUUCACACCCACUGGGGCAUCUCUCCAGGCCAUGCAGCGCUGGGACACGCAGCUGCCAUGGGACUGAGUGUACUGGGGCUUUUUAUCCUGCUGCCAGCCCUCUGCUUCUGGGCCCUGGAGAACGGCUGGACCUUCCUGGAGUCUGUCUACUUCUGCUUCAUCUCGCUCAGCACCAUUGGGCUUGGGGACUACGUGCCAGGUCGUGGCAGCCCCCCCUCGCUGCGCCAUCUCUACAAAAUCAGCAUCACCUGUUACCUUCUCCUGGGGCUCCUGGCCAUGCUGCUGGCCCUGGAGACCAUCUAUGAGCUGCGCGAGGUCCACAGCCUUGUCCGAUUCUUUGCCCCCCCACAGGCCCCUGCCUCCCCCUCCAGUGAGGAUGAUGACCAGCUGGAGAUCCUGAGCCAUGACCAGCUGGGCCUGGCUACUGUCUGCGGGGCCACCCACUCUGGGAGCCAAGCAGACAACGAGGCAGAUGGGAGAGCAGCACCCCGUGAUGGCCCCUCUGGGUAACCCCCAUGGACAAUGUGUUGUGUCCCCCUACACUUCCUUUCAUGCAUCAAUAAAUGAAGCUGUACAGAAUAGA